UUUUUGCUACUGUCUCUAGGCAUGCUGAAAAAUCAACAAAAUACGAAAAAAAGUCUUCAAUGUGGAUUGGUUUUGUUACAACUCUCCCCACUCCUGUCAGAGGCACCACAGCCAUUUGCUGAGGAGAACGUAUAGGAAAACGCAAAAGCUCACAGACUGAAAGUCUCAAGGAAAAGCGCGACAGACAAAGAAAAAGGUGUGGGAGGAAUGCUUCAAAAUGGUCCUGGAACAUACAGAGGUGAAGAAAACCGAAGCAUUCACCAACAUCAGUACCAAGAGGAAGACUAUCCCACCUUUUCCAGCAUACAGAUGAAGCCCAGAGCAAGCAGAUCACCUCUUAGCUCAGCUAAACUAAUGGCUACCAAGGUAUCUGUUGCUAUGGAGAGUGAUCUCAGAGGUGCUGGCUCAUCUCACAUUCAAAAUUCCACUCUACAGCAGCAGAGUGCCAGUGAAAAUACAAGCAAGUAUUUUAGACAGCACAGACCAUCAGUAUUACGCAAAGGCAACCAGCCUUUCCCACAAGGAUGUGGUGUUCAUGACUGGGCUGUGGACACUGUGUGUAAGACAGAACCUGACAGCAACAUGACAGACCCGGUCCCACUUUACACCAGCCAAUCUGAAAACAGACUCAGUGCCUCUGUGUCAAGUCCUCAGCCUGGAAGCCCAGAAAAUUCUGGGAAGCAUCCAUUCAGUGUUCCUGGCAGUUUUCUGUGUGUUAAAGGACAAUGCAGAUGGCCGGGGUGCUCAAAGAGCAGGGAAGUGUUCAAAGAAUAUGGACAUUUCUUAAGACACCUUUCUACUGACCAUGCUCCUGGGGACAGAAGUGUAACCCAGCUGAGGGUGCAGAAAGACAAAGUACAAUACAUGGAGAAUCAGUUGACAGCAGAGAGACAGAAACUGCAGGCCAUGCAGCUACACCUGUUUGAUGUCAAAUCUACCUCUGAGGGUGGUAACGGUGUGGAGAAGCCGGGACAUCUGUCAGGACUCCUGCAACCUGGAGUAUGUCAGAACACAAAUGGUCUCUAUGACAGUGAGAGAGUGGCAGCUGAUGCGUUAACACAAGGAUACUGGCAGAUCUCUACCUCACAAGUUAUACCAGGGAUUAUUCCCAGUUUUGAGUAUUAUAAGUUAACAAACAUGAGGCCACCAUUCACCUACGCCUCCAUGAUACGAUGGGCAAUCCUGGAGUCCCCAGAGAAGCAGCUUACUCUAAAUGAAAUCUAUCACUGGUUUACCCGCAUGUUCUUCUACUUCCGUCACAAUACCGCCACAUGGAAGAAUGCUGUUCGGCAUAACCUCAGUCUUCAUAAGUGCUUUGUGCGCGUUGAAGGAAGGAAAGGUUCUGUUUGGACUGUAGAUGAAGAGGAAUUUCUCAGGAGAAAAGGACAAAAGUUACACAGGGACCAGGAUAUGGCCUGGAUGGCACCUUUUCACCUGUUUCCCCUGACUCCACAAGGUGAAACUUACCAGAUGUCAGGACCAAAUGGACACUGAUUAAGAGAUUGCAACAACAUUUAAUCACUAACAAGAUUUACAC